UUUUUUAGGGCAAUUCGUUUUGGAGUUAUUGGCGUUUACCGCUGAAUGUGUCACGAAUAUCGAAAACAAAACCAACUUGACCCCGCUGACAGUUAGCAGUUGCAUGCUCCAGACUCUUGGAGAAAGGGACGUUUUUUUGUCUUUUGUUUUUACUAUGGCGCCAAAAGUCGAAUAUUGUUUUCUACGUGACUAGGUUAUCCAAAACGUUGUUUAAGCAAUGUGUUCAGGUGCCAGGUUUCCUUUUUUUCAUAUUCAGAAAUGUAUCAAAACUUGACAUCUUAUACAAUUUUCAUAUAGAAUGGUCGGAAAACGUUUUUAUUCAAAUUGACUAUGCCAUUUACAUUUCCAAGGAAUCCAACACGGAUGACGCCUCGUAUUAACGGACAGUUACAUUAUCAUAAUGCUGUCCUCUAAUGUAGGCGGAGUUUGAGAGAACUCUAUAUUUAAGAGGCAAACAUAUUAACUCCAGCAGUUCAAGAAAGUUGCCAGGGAGCACGAUUUGUAACUUGGAGCCCACGGAUCCACAAAUCCACCUGUUCAUUAAACAUUUCAGAAUGUUGAAAGUGACAUUAGGCCUCGCUCUGGUGACUCUGGUUGCUUGCUCGCAGUGCCCCAAAAAUGAAGUCUGUGACGCGGGCCAGACAUGCUGCCAGGAUCCCACCGGAGACUUCAGCUGCUGUCCUUACCAUCACGGAGAGUGCUGUGAGGACCACCUGCACUGCUGUCCUGAAGGCAUGCUGUGUAGUGUUGUGGACUCCACGUGUAUAAACAGCACACAUACACUGCCAUUAGAGGAGAGGAUACCGGCUAAACAGACCGACCUUCCCAAAUCGUUCAGAAUGAUUCCCUCAUUACCUGCAAGUGAAGACGAUAUCACCUGUCCUGAUGGCUCCUUCUGUCCUGCCGAGUUCUCCUGUCUGCUGAUGGCUUCAUCAUAUGGCUGUUGUCCCGUAGCGCAGGGCCUUGUGUGCUCGGACGGGAAACACUGCUGCCCAAAAGACCACGAAUGCAGUGCAGACAGCAGUUUGUGUGUCAAACUAAAAGAACCAGUCGAGACUGUUCUCUGUGGAAAUGGGACCUCAGAGUGUCCCGUGGACACCACAUGCUGUGAGACAGAAGAUGGUCAGUGGGCAUGCUGCCCCAUGCUAAAGGCUGUAUGUUGUGAUGAUAAAAUCCACUGUUGUCCUGAGGACAGUGUCUGUGACGUUGAAGGCUCCAAAUGUAUGUCCACCAAUCAGGAGCUGCCAAUGUGGGCCAAGUUCCCUGCUCGUCUUAGAGCUGAAUGGGAAGAUCACAAACCUGCAGAAAUAAGGGCUGAAGCUGAACCCACCACAAACAGACAAAUCACUACUGCUGGCAUCCAAAUGACUACACUGGCUAGUGCAGUCCCAGAGAUGCCUUCUGUUCAUUCAGCCUGUGAUGUUCUGUGCAAUGACACUGCGGCCUGUCAAGAUGGAAGCACAUGCUGUAUAACUCAAGAAGGAGAAUGGGCCUGCUGUCCUCUACCACAGGCCGUGUGUUGUGAAGACUUCAUCCACUGCUGUCCUCAUGGUACGACAUGUAAUGUUUCUGCCGGGUCUUGUGAUGGGUCUUCUGGCUCUAAGCCUUGGCUGGAGAAGGUGCCUGCUCUCCCUAAAGCAGGUCAGAGGUCACCUGGGAAAGUGAAGUGUGACUCUAGCCACGUUUGUCCUGACUCCAGCACUUGCUGUAAGAACACCGAUGGAGACUGGAGCUGCUGUCCUUUGCCUGAGGCUGUAUGUUGCACAGAUGGUGAACACUGCUGUCCGGUUAACUAUAAGUGUGAUGUGACCAGGGUGUCUUGCAUCAAGGGAGAUGUGGUGAUCCCCUGGUACAAUAAAAUUUCUGCUCUAAGCACACCGGCUCCAAGCUUGGAUCUCGGUGCUGUUGAGUGUGACAAGGAGUCAAGCUGCUCUGCAGAUUCAACCUGCUGUUAUCUAUCCAUGGCAGAAUGGGGCUGCUGCCCUCUUCCUGAGGCUGUUUGCUGCCCAGACCAGGAGCAUUGCUGUCCCAAAGGCUACAAGUGUGAUCUGCGUAGACGCUCCUGCAUUAAAACCACCUGGCUGCAUGUGGAAAUAGUCCCAUUGGCCCACAUUGGCAGCCAAACACUACAGUCGAGCAUCUCAGAAAAGGACAUUCAGUGUGGAGAUGGAUAUAGUUGCAAAGACAGUGAGACCUGUUGUCCAACCUCCCAGACCACCUGGGGCUGUUGCCCAUCUCCAAAGGCGGAGUGCUGUGAUGAUAUGAAACACUGCUGCCCUGCUGGAUACAAAUGCGGCGAGGGCGGAAUUUGUACUUCAGUCUUAGGCUUUAACUGGAACAACUGGAACAACUGGAGGGUGUUCUUCUCCAAGAAGAAACGAGCUAGUACUCUGUAAAAAAAAAAAAAAAAAAAAAAAACACCUGGGUUGUUCCCACUCAGUGGGAUUAAUGGCCAAAACUACCUACAGUGUCAGAUUUUAAGAAAAAAAAUAAUUUAUCAAAGUAAUAAUCUGAAACACUCAGAUGUUUUAUUUGUAGGAGAAAGUUUCAUUAGGGCUGUAUGUGAUGGUUAAUAUCUGUUCCCAUUGUCUAUCAUCAGUAAUACCAACUACAUUUUAUCAACGGAGCCAUUUGGUUGUAAUAUUUGGUUUUGGUAACUGCUCAGUUUAUCUGAAGAAUAAUUUGAUUAUGCAAUGAUGAAAAUAUGAAACACAUAUGCAUAGAUUAUCUCUAGUUUUAACUCACACUUCUGUCAUUUUAACUUGUCAUGUACAAAUAUCACAGGCCUCUCUCUAUGGUUUACAGGUUAAAUUUUUUCAGACUUGACAUCACGUGAUCUUGUGUCUCAUGAUUAUGUGCACAUAUCAAAUUGGUCUUCUUUAGAUAACGAACAUCACCUUUUCUGUUUAACUUCCUUAUUGCAGCUCUUUACCAUUAGUUGUGUAAUUGUCUUCUUUAUUGAUUUAAGUGCUGGUUUUUUAACAGUUAUGUUGAUAGAGCACUGUGAAAGACAACUAAAAGAUAUCUUAAGUAAAAAUGUGACCAAUCUGAAACCUUGACAGCUCUAAUAAAGAAAUAAAUGAGAGAAA